UGGUUGUGGACCUCCCGUUCCGGAUUUCAUUGUUGCCACUUGGAUCCGCUGUGGCUUAAUACCUUACCACCGGAGACUUUACCCUUCUGGAUUAUCAAGAUGUCUGGGCGUCAAAAUGAAUACUUCAUCCCUGGGGAUGGUAUCAGCCGGGAAGUCAUUCAAGCAGACAUUUGUCGCUACCUUGGAAAUGAUGCGCUCGUAAGACCUGGAAAUCACAAUGGCUGUCAAGGCUACUUCAUCCGGGCUUAUCGGAAUCUCACAUCUGAAAUGAUUGCUGACCUCAAAGCGGACUCUUCUCGCUGGGAGGCAGAUGUAAUGCGCCGGAAAGAUCAAGGCCACCCACGGGGUCACUACUACCAUAAUGAUUAUCAUAUGCAGCAAGAAUACCCUCUGCCUCACCAAGGUCCUAAUGUGCUUCCGCCAACUUACGGGCAUGGUGCGUCUGUUCCUCCGGCGCCAAGUUAUGGUACUUCUGUUCCUCCGGCAAGCUAUGGUACAUCUGCGCCAAUCCAUGAGGCGCGCUCAUCAACUGGUCCAUCUCCACCUCCCACCUACAGUGCUCCUCCACCCCAACAAUACAUGGAAUCGUAUGCUACAAACCCAUACGGGCAGGCGCAGACUCCUCCUUAUUCCACACAUUCUACUCCGACGUCGUAUCCUGCUACCCACUCCAACCACUCCAACCACUCCACUCACUCCACCACCCACUCACAUUCGCCUUUCGCGCCUGGUCAGAAUCAGUUCCCUUCGCAGCAGCAAAUUCCUCCCUUCACCACGUCAGCUCAACCUGCAGUUUCUGCUGAGAUCCACCCGUCAUACAAGUACACAAGUUCCGGUUACGGCUAUGAUGGUGGAUGGAACAAUGCUCCCAGAACAUAUCCCGGGCCUGGCUAUGAGACCGAGACGGAGUAUUCCCCUAUUACCACUGGAGUGAACUACCCGGCUACCACAGCCGCUGACCCUCGCAUGCCUGGAAUGGGAUUAAGAUACACUCCGGAGUCGACAUAUUCGGACCGCAAUAGGCCACAGCCGGCAAGAGAUAACCGUGCCCGGUAAAGGAUUCGUACUUCCAUGGACCUCAUAGUUUGACGUUCCGGGAAAGUUGAUUUUUUUUUUUUUUUUUUUUUUUCUUUGAUUCUUUCUUUUUAUAAUUCUUCGUUUGAACAAAAAUGUCAAAAGAGCAAUUCUUUUAUACCCCGUUGCCCAGGAGUACCAUGGCCGGA